CCUAAACAGACUCUCAUAGUUGAAGACAUUUCUACUUGCAGUGAGUAGAAAGUAGAAUAUUGAUCCCCCAACAUUCCUAUAAAGAAUGGAAGACCUUCAAAAGUUUGAUCAAGACUUUUACCACUCAGGUUUUAAUAUUGAUGGACAAGAUAACUAUACCUAUGAUGCUUCAGGCCAGCAUUAUCAAAAUGAUGGCUGUGGGACACCUUUACCAGAAGAGUAUAUGCACUCUGAAAUGACUUAUACUGGACAGAUUUUACAAGCCACAAAGCAUGUGGGAUCAACCUAUACUGGAACAGAUACUUUUGACGAUGAACCUCCAUUACUUGAAGAGCUAGGUAUUAACUUUGAAAAUAUUUGGCAAAAGACAUUAACGGUUCUAAAUCCGUUUAAGCCGGCAGAUGGCAGGAUCAUGAAUGAGACUGACCUCACUGGGCCAGUGGUAUUUUGUGUAGCACUUGGAGCAACUCUGCUGCUGGCAGGUAAAGCUCACUUUGGGUAUGUGUAUGGCAUUAGUGCCUUGGGAUGCCUUGGAAUGUACACACUUUUGAACUUGAUGAGUGUGACGGAAGUCUCUUAUGGCUGUGUGGCCAGUGUUCUAGGUUACUGCCUUCUCCCAAUGGUCAGCCUAUCCAGUUUUGCCGUGUUCUUCUCCUUACAAGGUAUUCUUGGGACUAUUUUUGCUCUUGUGAUAAUUCUUUGGUGCAGUGUGUCAGCUUCAAAAAUUUUAAUUUGCACUUUGGCAAUGGAAGGACAACAACUGCUUAUUGCUUAUCCCUGUGCCUUACUGUAUGGAGUGUUUGCACUUUUGACAGUCUUCUGAAGUUUUCCAUUGUUUAAAAAGCCUCAAAGCCUCAGGUGGUCACCAGAUACUGUGUUUGGGAGGAAAAAGAAAAUAUUAUUCGAAUGUUAAUUGCAGUCCUGGUAUCAUUAGCAUCAAAAAUGAAAAAGUAGAAGAUCGUCUACGGAAGAUCAGGAGCAGAAGAGGCUGCCAUGAUCCUAGCUAGCCUACAGUCUUUAGUCCUAGACAGCACCACCUAAUAUCUACCUAUCACUUUUAUACUGUAGUUAAAUGUAUUUACAGUACAUUGCCAGAUUACCUUAAUGCAUUUUUUUGGUCAGAACUGUCAACGGACAUUGUGCCAAUUUAUUAAAAUAUCUGAUAAGUUAACUAUGACAUGGGAACCUUCAGCUUAUAGUCUCAUCUCAAUGUGCAUAUUUACUAAGGAAGCUUACUAACAGCCAGAUUGAGUAUCCACACCGGCCUUGACAUUUCAACAAAAAAAAAGUUUUUUAUAUUCCCCCCAACCAUCCAUCAUUUUUUAAACCGUUUUAUCCAAUACAGGGUCGCAGGGGAGCCAGAACCCAUAAUGGCAAACAAUGGGUGCACCCCAAUGGGAUACACCCUGUUUGGAGACACCAGUCCAUCACAGGGCACACACAGAUACAGAUGCAGCCAUUCAAAGUGAGCGGUACAGACACGUACCGGAGGUAAUUGGCUGCGGCGUCGCGCAUCAUGACGCAAGAUGACGCGGGGUACUACGGUACGUGAUUAAUUGGCCAACAGGGGCACUCGUCGGUACGACAGUUGGUCGGUCGUAGAAAGAUUUACAGUACAGUAAACGUCUUUA